GAAGAUUUAAGGCUAUCCUAGCUGCGGGCAUUUUAAAAUCUGUAGAUGUGUUUGGAUUAACAUAACUGAUAAAGCCUGCCUAAUUGUUAUAUUUCCCUGUUCAUCUCACUUAUUUUAUUAUGCUUCACUUCAAUUGCUAUCUGACUGUUCCAUUCCCUGUAUAAAAUUUUGCCUUUUAUAUCAUUUUAUUAUUCCCUAAACUGUGGAACUAACUGUUUUCGAUGCCAGACAUCUCAGAAUAUCGACUAGGAAGUGCCUGCAGAGUGAGCAGUCUCACUCAGCUCAAAGAUGAAACAGAUACGUCACCGUCUAAUCAGGAUAUAUUACAUAUAAAAUCUAAUAGUGCUAAAGAAUCCAGCAAUAUUGUACUUCAAGAUAAUGAUGCAAAUUCACCAUCAGCUGUAGAUGACAUUAAUCACGCAAAUUCAAAUUCGGAAAAUGCAGUCUGCUGUUGUCGUGAAGGCAUAAAUGAUUCCCUUGUACUGAAUGAUUCUUCUGCAUGUCUUCGACGUUUGUUUACAUCAAGUUUAUUUAAUAUGGAUAUGGCUAUUCAAUAUCUUUUUCGAUCAGAAGAUAUAAGUGUACAGACGUAUUUAGCUGAUCGAUUAUUUGGUUUCCCAGAAUCUGACGUAGACUUCUACUUAUUACAACUUGUCUCCUUGUAUGAUAAAUCGCCUACAUUAGCUGAACAUUUAACUAAUUAUUUUAUUUAUCGGUGUAAAAAAUCAGUUUCAUUUGCAAUUAAUCUUGUCUGGUUAUUGGAUGCCUUCAAUGCUCAGUCAGCUGCUUCGCACAGGCAUGUUUCAUCACUGAUACUUAAUCGUCCCUCUUCUGUACCAUCAUUUGUAAACUCUACAAAUCCCCUGUAUUUAACUAAUUCAACUGACAGCUAUCCAAUUACCAGUGUCACUUAUCAUAAUAAUAAUGAUCUUGUUAAUAAUGGCAGUAAUACUACUACUACUACUAAUACUAAUAAUAAGUUGAAUAAGCUUAAAACAACAUCAUCAGCUAUUGCAUCUUUACAAGAAUUGGAGCAUAGUGUUGUUGACGGGGACAAUGAUAACAAUGAAUGCUGCAAGGCUGAACAAACACCAGUUCCUACACCUGUACCAAAUGCCCUACUAGCGACGACAACAACAACAGCAUCAAUAACAGCUGCCAAUGACCAAAGUGUUUAUUCAGUACAAGCCUUACGUGAGAUACUUUUACCUACGGAUAAUACGAUUCGGACUAGUCUGAUCCUUUCAUCUAUAUCUCAUGAAAGUUACAGUACAGAAGUAUAUAAUGAUGUUUCUACUGACGAAAAUCAUAGUGUAAAUAAUAUUUCACCUCCUACAACUAAUUCUGAAGUCUCUCCAAAGAUUCAGCAUGCUGGACAUAAACGAACUACAUCUGAUGUGACAAGUUUAAGAACUAAUCUUCAUCAUCGUCAUUAUAAUCAUCAGUCAAGACGUCGAGUGAUUGACCAGUUGAAUCUUAUCAAUAAUGAUGACGCUGACCAUAAUGGAAGUGAUAAUAAUAAUCAUAACAGCAAUAAAUCGACAACCACAACCACCACCAAUCAUCAUCCUCAUCACCAUUGGUCGUCAUCUCAAGAUUCAGCUGUUUGUCUGUCAAAUGUCGAUGUAGUCGAUGGUGUAGGCUCAGUAGCAUCAGCAGCAACAACAGCGACAACCGCAGCAGCAGCAGGUGAUCAAAGUGUUCCUAAUUUAUCUACUUUUAUACCAUUGAAUCGUGUCUGUCCAUCAUUCAGUGAUCAUAUUACCUCAUCAACAUCAUCAGUAUUAAAUAGGCAUAUUCCAUUGGACGGCGAAGAUGACGAUCAUGAUAAUACGAAUGCUUUACAGCGUAUCCAUGCUCUACGUCAAAGUUCACGUAAAUGGAGUGUUAGUAUGAAUAAAAUUGUAACCAAAGAGAUUAUACCACAAUCAUCGCAUCUUUCUCAAUGCCCUCAGUCAUCAGUCAGUUUGCAACGAUUGAAUUUAUCAUCAACUAUUGAUUGUCCACCUCCAUCUUGUGUCAAAUCAUCAUCUUCUUUAGAUCGUACUGUUGUCGCCUCUAAGACUGCUAUCAAUAUUGUUGGAAAUCAUAGUAAAACGCUUGCCUCCUCCUCCUCUUGUUCUCCAAACCAAACAACAAUAAGAACAUCUAAGGGGACAGAGAACAAUGACAUCCAAACAAGCCAGUUAUGCAACUCUACAACAGCGUCGUUAAGUCCACUAGAUAGUGGAUUGUAUAUGUCCGUCCCAAAUGUUGUCAGUAAUCACAAUGAUGAUGACGAUGACGCAGGUGGAAGCAGUGACGAAGAUUGCCCAGGCGUGGAACACAAUAACAAUAAUAUCGAUGUUGUACAGUCAUCAGACAAUUCCUAUCAUCUACCUCGUUGUCCAUUGUAUCACUCCUACAUAUCUGCUAGCGGUCAAACAUUAGCAAUGCAAAGAUAUUUAGUGCCUCGAUUAGUACCUGAAUGGGAUUUUGUUGAUGGCCUGUUAAGAAUAGCUCAUCGAUUGGUGCCAAUCAGUCCUAAAGAGCAAAGAACUGCUCAUUUACAAGCAGAAUUGGCAAAUAUAAAUCUACAUCUACCUGCACGUGUUUGGCUGCCAGUCAAUAGGACUGGUCAUAUUGUCUUACGUAUCCCACCGACUGCUGCUGUUUGUCUAAAUUCAGCGAAUAAGGCACCAUUUUUAAUCUAUGUUGAAAUAUUAUCAUGUGAUGAUCCAACUAGUAUAUCUCUGCCAAGUCGACCAAUAACAUCCUCCAGUUCUAAAAGUUCUACUCGUUGUCGAAAUGGUAUGACGUCGAAUUCACUCACUUCCUUAUCAAUGUAUCCAUGGAAUUUACGCGCGAGUUCUUCAUCAGAAGUCACAGAUAACAAUGAAGUUGUUGGAGGUGGUGAUUCUGUUGCUGUCAGUGGUGGUGCCAUUGGAGCUGCUGCUUGUGGUGCUGGUGGUAUCAAUUCAGCCUCAGAUGAAUUAAGUCUUCGAUCCUCUUCAGUAUCGAAUGUUUCACUAGCUGAAGAAAUCAAUCCACUGGAACUUAUGCGUUAUUUAUCUGCUGAUGAUGGUGAUGAUGAUGAUGAACGCGCCAAUCACAGUCAUUUGUCGUCGAAAAAAUAUCAGCUGAAUGGUAAUGGUAAUGGUAGUGCUACAUCUGAGCCUAUGUCGUCUGAUGAUAAUGAGCAGCAUCGUGAGGGAUCCUUGCUUGGUACAGAUUCUGGUACAGUGAAUAAUGAUUAUUCUAUGCAAUCGAAAUCACCUGUAUAUAUUGGCGCGGGAGAAAUACGUAACCGGCUGAAAGAACAAUGUGAACUGCAACCGCAUAGAUCAUUCAGAUGUGAUCCUGAAGAUCCAAGCGCUGCAGUGCUAAAAGAACCAUGGCAUAUGAAAUGUGAACGUAUCCGUGCAACAUCACCAUGGGGUAGUCUACCGGGAUGGAGUUUAACUAGUGCUAUUGUAAAAGUUGGCGAUGAUUUAAGACAAGAACAAUUAGCUUAUCAACUAUUGACUGUAUUGAAAAAUAUUUGGGAAAUUGAACAUGUCCCACUUUGGUUACGUCCUCUGACUGUAGUUGUAAUAUCUUCAGAUAGUGGAUUUAUUGAACCAGUUCCAGACACUGUAUCAUUUCAUCAGAUUAAACGACAUGCACAUUUAUCCCUAUUGGACUAUAUGCAUCGAGAACAUGGUCCAGAUAAUUCAGAGGCAUUUUUAACAGCUCAACAGAAUUUUGUACAAAGUACAGCUGCAUAUUGUUUAGUAGGAUAUUUAUUUCAAGUGAAAGAUAGACAUAAUGGUAAUAUUCUGCUAGACAAUGAAGGUCAUGUUAUACAUAUUGAUUAUGGCUUUAUAUUAUCUUCAUCACCUGGAAAAAAUUUAGGCUUUGAAACUAGUCCAUUUAAAUUAACACUAGAACAAGUCAAUGUUAUGGGUGGUAUUGGAAGUGAUUUAUUUGAAUAUUUUAAAUUACUUCUGCUACGUGGAUUAUUAGCUGCACGUAAACAUAUGGAACAGAUAUGUGUACUUGUCGAGAUAGCACGUGCUACAUGUCAACAAUUACCAUGUUUUGCUCGUGGUAAUGGUAAUCGUACAAUAUCAGAUUUACGACAAAGAUUUCAAUUAUCACGUACAGAAGAACAAUUAAAACAAUUAGUUGAUCAAUUGGUACAAAGUUCAUUGAAUUCAUUUACAACAAAAUUAUAUGAUAGUUUUCAAUAUUAUACAAAUGGUAUACAAUAGUUAACAUCUAUCUAUAUGACGUUUAUAUUUCUCUCUAUUUGUUUGUAUGUAUGCAUGUAUGCGUGUGCGUGUAUGUCUGUACGCGUAGGCGUUUAAUUUUGAAAUACGCCCACGCACGCACGCAUGUACGCAUCUAUAUACAGAAGAAAUUAUCCCAGUGACCACCAAACAACUGAGACUAUGAUACGUGCGUGUGUGUGUGCAUAUCACGCGCACACACACACAUACGCACCCAACUCCCACGCAAAGAAGACAGACAUUACAGGAAGGCGAUUAUUUUCACAGUGCAGAAUGCCUUCCACGAUAAAAUAAAAAUCCUUAAUAAUAAUAUAAUAUUUAUUUUUUUGUCUGACUUCUUUUAUUCCCCCUAUCCAUCCACCCCGACAAACCCCCCUCCCACCACCCCUAACCUUCAGUGUUUGUUUGUUUAUUUUUUAUUUUGACCUUGAUUGACUUCAAGCAUAUCAACAACAACAACACACAGCAACAAUCCCUCCAUUUCUAUUGAUUUUUGUCUAUGAUAAAUGACUUUCUUUAUCCAUCUUUUUUUAAGACUUUUUAUUCUUUGAUCAUUGGCGCCCUUUUCUUGUCGAAGGGGUGUGUCACUGUAUGUAUGUAUGUAAGUGUUCUUGAGCAUGACGAUCAUGAUUAUGUAAUUGUUUAUUUUUUUAAGAAAAAACUAUUUUUUCACCUCCUAUCUGUCUUCGUCUGAAAGGUGAUUUGUUAUGAUUUGAAGAAGCAAUGUGUGUAGACAGACUUGUUUUUGUGGUUAGCUGGUUUCUUUGUUAUGCCUACUCACAUACCACUGCUUCUACUACUCUCACUGUAUUGUAAUAUUAUGUAAUAAUGACGGUAAUAUUAGGAAUAAUAAACAAUUUCCAUGCUUUCAUCCCUGCUGUGUCACACACCUCAUUUUUAUCCCCUCUACUUAUCGAUUUUUUUGGGUUUUUGUUUCUUGUUGACAUACAAGUACAGAAGAGUAUAUCAUUGUGAUAUUCCUCGUUACUUUUUGAAAUCUCCCUAGUGUCUUUAUUCUCGUUUUCAUUGUUUUGUUUAAUCCCACUCUCCUUGUGUGUGUGUGCGUGUUGGAGACUGUCGCCUCUUUGAUGAUCCCUACUCCUCUCAUCCUCUCCACCUCUCCUUUACCAGACAAAUAAAAUUGAACAAGAUAAUAUCUAUAAUAUAUAUACAUUAAUAUUUAUUUAUUUAUUUUAAUUGGUGUAUUUGUGUACGAUGAUAGGGUGACGCGUCUUUCCUUCUGUCUGCCUGUCUCUCUAAUGGGUUUCAAAUUUACCCAUUUAUUUAUUUAUUUCCUUUGAUUUGAUUUCAUCUGAUCUUGUCAUGAUCACAUCAGCAGCUGGACGGACACAAUGAAGGUGCUACUGGUGUGACUGGCAAUUUUGAAGGUGGAGCACCACCACGACCUUCAUUUAUUCAUUGACUGACUUUUUAAAAUACGAUUAAUGGUGAUGGUAAUGUUGCCCCAUGGCCGCCUCAGCCGACGACGACGACUGAUAAAAACAAAAAAUUGACCAUGAUGAAAUUAUUAUUGAUUGAUUGGUUGACUGACCGACCGACCGACUGACUUGUAUUCUUUUUUAAAAUUCAUUUAUAAUUAUCUCUCCUGCAUAAGAUUUAUUAUUUUUUUUCUCCUUUUGGUCAACUCGUUUUUGGCGGGGUCAAAACUGCCUUGUUUUGUCUUUUGGCUGUUUGGUAUUUUUUGUGACUUCUACUUACUCUGCUGCAGACUUUUGUGGUAGUGUUUGUCUGUUCGUUUGUUUCUGUGUGUGUAUGUGUGUUGGCGGGUAUUAUGUUGAAUUUUCUUU